AUGGCGGAGCAACUGGCAGCGUGCGCCACGCAGCUGAUUGAGGGUGUGCCAGGCAGUGAGGCACAGUACGCAGCCAAUACGUGGCUUAUGCAGUUCCAGGCCCAUGAGGAAGCGUGGCAGGCAGCACUGCAGCUACUGGACGAGCCCGUGUGCGACCCGAUCACGCGCUAUCCAUUGGACGCCCCGCAGCUCGUGGCCAUGCAGAUCCUUCGACUCAAGACUCAGCACGAGUGGUCGUGUAUUGACUUACAGGUGCAGCAGACGGUUCGGCAGACGCUACUACGACUGCUGGAGAUUGCAUGUAUGACAGGAAACGGCCUUUCCGCCGUGAGUUGCCGCAUUGCCUGUGUAACGUUGGCAGAUAUUGUGGUCAAGUCGUGCAAAAGCUGGACAAACUGGAAGAGUGAACUGCAGCGACUUGUAGACGCAGGUUUUGCUGCUCAAAGGUCUCAGAAAGCAGCUGUUGUGUUGGCCAAUGUUCUAGGAGCUAUUCCUAUACAUAUUCUGGCGUUGGAGACAAAGUGGACGACAGCGGAGAUGCAGGAAGUACUGAAGAUUUUUCAAGCUGAAGCAAGAGAUGUCAUGACGGCAAUGCGAGUGAUCCUGACCAACAUACCAGAUGAAAGAAGCAGCGCUCUUUGCUGUCUACAAAGCUGGGUUGUGGGCUGCAUACCGACGCAUGAAACGUUCGGUUUCACUGCAGCACACCUAUUCUCCAGUGGACUGCUUGACGAACUAUUUGAUAUUGUCAUUGGUGACAACGAGGAUCAGGCACAACUGGCGGCAGAAAUUAUUACGGAUUCUUUUCUAUGCUACGUGUCCGAUGAUGGGGUCGGAAGUAUGGCUGAGACGGUGUUGUACUCCGGACGCCGUCUGAUUGAAGCGAUGCCUAUUUUUGGGUUGGAUAGAAGGUCUUCGGAGGGUGAAGUGAUGACGAAGGAGCAUCAGACAAGCGCUUGCAGAGGUUUGUCACGCAUCGCUUGCUGUCUAGCUAUGAACCACGCGGCUGUACUGUUUUCAAAUCAAAAGACAGGCACUCCAGUGUUGGUUAAGAGCCCUGCAUCUAAGCAGCAAGAUUUCUCCGUUGACUUCUUAGAACUGCUCCUAGCAUGCUCAUCGUACGAAGACAUUUACGUCGUCCAGCCUACGUUGGAGAUCUGGUUCUUCUUUCUCGAGUCAAAUGCCUUGCGAAAUGAAAUAUCAUGGCAUCGUCUAGAUACCGCAGGGCAAAAGCAUGCAGCCAGCAUAUUGUCACGCUUGGUGGAUGCGCUGAUUAGGCAGUGCAAGUACCCGCAGUGGUUCAUAGAAACACACGAAAUCGUAAGCGAUGACCCAGAUAUCGAGGCGAUUGCUCAAUUACGCAGGGAAAUUGCAGACACAAUGCUGAGUCUUUUCUCCAAAUGGCCAGGACGCCCUGGGGGGUCUGCGGGAGACUACGCCUCGUGUGUGAAGGGCAUAUGCCAAAUGCUUGUGGACUGCACGGACGUCGCAACGAUUGAUGCGCUUUUUCAUUUGCUCUCGUCUACUGUUGAGUUGUUUGAUGCUGUAUCGUCGGAUUCAGAAUCCGAAGAAGUCCCCGACCCGUGUGGAACUGGUGCAUCAGGUGGAUUCGGUUUUCUGUUCGGAGUACUAGACUGCGCUGCCAAUCUACCCAUGCACCCUUUGGUGGUCAGCGGUACUGCGCGGUACUUUGGAUCACUGAGUCAGUCACUUGUGUUGCCACCAAGUGCAUACCUAUGCGCUUCAAUGGCCAUUUGUCAAGGCCUCCAGUGUGCUUCUUCUUUCCCGGUGGCGGCACAAUCGUUGCUGCAUAGCAGCUCCUCUAUGGUCACAUGCACCACCAUUGAGGAAAGAAUGCCGCUACUUCGAGCACUGCUCCAAUUUCGAACCGCGUGUCAGCUCAAAACAUCUCAAAAAAGUGAAGGCGAUUUGCUUGAAGUGACGUUCCGUGUUGCUCAUGGCUUGUCAGAUACAGACUUUGGUGCUUUGUGUUCAUCACUUUUGUCCGACCUGGCUGUUGGCGUGCAAAGCGCAAAUCCGCUGGAUGUUUCCAGGAGCGUGUACAUGUUGAGCCGAGCUCUCGUGGGUGUUCAAGACCGGCAGCACAGGUCUGCAUUGGUUGACCAGCUGUGGCCUCUCGUGAGUCCUCCUUUGUUGCGGCACAGCGAGAAUAGCGCCUGUCGGCGUGUUGGGGUUCAGUUUUUUCUCAGCGUUCUCCCUUGUCUGCAAAAGACGGCCUCUUGUGCGAUCGAAGCACAAAUACUUGAUAUGUGUCUUUUGUGGUAUGAGAAGGGUCUGGCUCCCGACGUUCUCAUAUGCUGCUCCCGAAUGAUUUCCCGUCAGCGAGGGAAUUCGGGCUUUCAAGCAUCACUUGAGCAGGCAUUUGAGCGACUCCUUCUCGGGUUUCGAAACAAGCUUCAAGAUGUCAAAGCUGGUUGUGGUUCAUUGUCGAUGAAAAAGCUACUUAUUCACAAUCACGAUGCAGACCAGCUGAUUUCGGAAGUGGAGCAGUUCCUGAACUUAACGCGGGAGAUGUUGAACUCUUUCCCACAAGUUCUACUGCAAAAGCGUCCAAACGGGAAAUUGACUCUAUACUGGGUUUGUCUCGAUUUGGCGACGAGACUCAUAAAAGCGGAUCAUGAGAGGCAGGAAAUAUGUGAUGCUGCGUGUGCGUUUCUGUUGGACGCAAUGCGCUGUCAACCAGAUCAUCUUUCAGAAAGGUUGAGCACCUUUGCUUCUGAGGUUGUCCUAGUCGUCCUAGAGUUCUUGGGACCCAAGAGAGAGCAUUAUCGCACUCGGAACCUCUGGGACUUCCUGUUUCAGUGUCUGCAUGCACCACAAAUACCGAUGCAAAUUCGAGAGAACUUUCUUGCUGCUGUGUCCACCGUGGUGAGCGAAGGUGCUCUGAGCUCUCUCUUUCCUGCAGAAGUAUGCCAGCAGAUGCCGGGUGAGCUGCGAAUGCGUUGUCAGCGACAUCGCUUUCGACAGUAUUUAACCCAGUUGGCUCAAUACGUACAAGUGACCACCAGCUCAUGA